AGAAGUUUCAAAUUGAAAAGUUGUGGUUUGGAUUCCCUUCAUAUCCAAACCAAAUGGCAACAAUGACGAUUGGAGAGGACAAGUCAACAUUCAAUAAGUCGUACAGAAAUUCAUUACGAUAUACUCCAUUUUCUUGUGAUCCAAAGAUGUAAAUUUAAAACCCAAGAAAAACUUAUUCAUUCGUACGAUUUCGUCUCCAACAAAAUUAUGAGUCCGCCUCAUCAGCAUCACCCAUCGCCGCAGCCGACUCAUCAGCAUCACCCGCCGCCGCCGACUCAUCAGCAUCACCCGACUCCUCCACCGACACAUCAGCAUCACCCGCAGCCUCCGAGACAUCAGCAUCACCCGCCGCCGCCGCCUCAUUACGGUACUUUUCCGGGCAUUCACAACCAUCCUCCUCCUCCUCCGGCGGUAGUCGUCGUCCAUCAGCAUGUUCCGCCUCCCGGGGCAUCAGGUGGACCUUCGAUCAACCCCUUAUGUCCAUGGCUACCAGGCUGUCCCAGGUUAUGCAGUUGCUGAAGGAAGACCAAUGGCCAUGAGAGGACCUCAGCUUUGCUGUCGUUUAUGCCUCUUUAUCAUUAUUGGUUUCUUCGUUGCUGCAUUCCUCUGGUUCUUCUUCUAUGCGCUAUUCAGAUGAUGAGCACGGGAAACUUGGAUAUGCUUCUUGCCUUUUUGCUGCUAUUCUUGGAACAAUUGAUGUGAUUUGUGGUGUUACAAGCAUCUGAGAUCAUUUGUAAAGAGCUACAAGGUUGACUGAAGCAUAUAUUAAAUGCAUCCAGGGGAGCCUCCCUUGUUUUUCUAUUUAUUAUUUGUAUUAUGGUGUGGAUUAGUAUGUAUCAAGUCCUGGAUAUUUGUUUAUUUAGGUGAUAAUUGCAUUUGCUUUGUAGUUACAUGACCAUUAUAUACAAAGAAGUAUGUGUAGUAUUACUAGUUUUAA